GUUACUCACUUAAGUGUCAAUAUUUGAACCAAAAUGGCGGAUGUUUCGAACGCUGGUAACAGCAUUUUGGACGCUGUGUGUUCGAGUCUGUAAUCCAAGUGAAGGAAAGGGAUAUUAAUAAAACUGUUCACGAGAAUUAACUAACUAGCGACCACAAACAUAAUUUGAACAAAAGCGUUAAUAUAGAGAAUCUACGUAUGUUACUGUGAAAAUGGACGGGUGGAGUCCUAUCGUUGCUACUGCUUCAGACGAUGAGCACUCAAGCUCCGAAGGCGAAUACACUGUCGAAGCUGGACCACCGCGACUGACAGAGAGAGACAGCAACAGAGAGAGGGACGAACAACGAAGGGAUGGAGAUGCCGUUGGAUUUGGGUUUAGUGGGUUUGGGGAAGGGGCAGCGAGGCUCGGCCGAACUGGACAGACCGCUGAGCAAGAGCUUCGGUACCUGCACCUAUUGUGGGAACCGAGCAGAGCAAGCACUGUGGCCGGAGGUGCAAGCAAGCCUGGAAAGAUGACGGGGAGCCGAUCAUGGCGGCACGGCAGAGCGCGGCGCAGUACUGGGCCCAUCGGGAAAGAUCUGUAUGCGGUGAAGAGACUCAGAGAGGCAGCGAACGGGAAUGACAUCGAUACAGUGCGCCGCCUGCUUCAGGAUGACAUCGACCCCUGCGCUGCAGACGAUAAGGGAAGAACGGCUCUCCACUUCUCCUCCUGCAACGGCAACGAGAGUAUUGUGCAACUGCUGCUGAGCCACGGUGCAGAUCCUAACCAGAGAGACGGCUUGGGCAACACUCCUCUUCACUUAGCGGCCUGUACCAACCAUGUGCCUGUCAUCACUACCCUUCUGAGAGGAGGCGCACGUGUAGAUGCCCUGGACCGUGCUGGGAGGACCCCUCUGCACCUGGCGCGCUCCAAACUCAACAUAUUGCAGGAGGGAGACUCGCACAGCAUAGAGACUUUAAGAGGGGAGGUCACACAGAUUAUUCAGAUGUUGAGGGAGUACCUGAAUGUUGUUGGCCAGAGUGAGGAAAGAGAAAGGCUGGAGCACAUCUCUGCCCAGCUGCAGCACACCCGCACCAAGGCACAGGUGGAUGAGGUGGCAGACUUGCUGGCCAGUUUCACGUCCCUCAGUCUACAGAUGCAGAGUUUGGGGGAUAGGUAGAGAGCGGUCUCAGGACUGGACAAGGGCGGACAUGGGGCGGUUUGAUUUGGUUGGGGGUAGAGGCAGAAUUGGAGGCAAAUGACAAACUGAGAUACAUGGUUUCAUUACCUCAUCCUUAACAUUUUUGGAAGCUGGUCGAAAAUGUACUAGCUACGUGAACUACAUUCACAAGUACCGUCGCUGUUUUUUGGUCAGUCUCUUCAUCCCUGUCACGUUCUACGUUUGCUUCUGCCCUCCUCCCCCUUUACCGCAUGUAUUGUACAGGUGCUCAGUGUAAAUGAAUUAUAGUUGUUGGCUGUUGUUGAUGUGUGUAACAAUCAGGAUGAAAUAAUAAAAUCACUGAAAAUUAAA